GCAAGAAAGAAGAAAAUUUAUCAACUACUCCUUUAGUAAUUGUAUCUAUUAAAGAUUGUAAAGUAGAUGAACCUGCUAAAGCACUAAAACGAUCUGUCGCACUAUCCAUUCGAAGCCAUUCUUGA